AUGUCGGCGCGCAAAGGUCGCGGCGGCGGUGCCGGCGGCCAUUAUCACGUGCUCCUCUGCGCCGCGCUGCUCUGUACCGUGGUCGUCGUGGCGACGCUGUGGGUCAUCACAGGGGGCGCCACGAGCGGUCGCGCGGCGGGCUACGUGACGAAGCCGCGUCCGUUCUCGCGCCACGACAGCUUCGACUGCCGCUGCCCCGGCAUCCCACCGUUCGACCGCUCGCGCUGGGGCGUCUACGGUACCACAUUCCCCGACCCCGCGCCGCUGCCUCCGCCGGACGGCGCCGAAUUCCUCGUGCCGAACCUCAUCCACUACGUCUGGCUGAGCGGCGGCGGCGCGCCGGCAGCAGAGAUAGAGCUUCCCCACCUUCUCGGACCUCUCAGCGCGCUCGCCGUCCUGCGUCCGCGCCGCAUCAUGCUGCACUGCGACCGCAAGCCGACCGGUACGUGGUGGGAUGCGAUGUUCCGCGCCGUUCCCGUCGUCGUUCGCGUGAUCCGCGCGCACGCCGCCGCCGCGUCCCCCGAGCACGCGGCCGACAUCGCUCGCCUCGACGCGCUCAUCGAAUACGGCGGCGUCUACCUCGACUUCGACGUCGUGGCGCUGCGGUCGUUGGACGCGUGGCGCCGCCGCCCGUGCACGCUCGCGAGAGAGGGCGCCACCUUGGUCAACUCGGGCGUGAUCGUCGCCGAGCGUAACUCGUCGUUUCUGCGGCGGUGGCGCGCGUCGUACGACGCUGAUUAUCGGCCGGAGAGCUGGAACUACAACUCCGGAGCCGUGCCGAUGCGCAUGGCGGAGCGCGACCCCGAGCAGUGCCACCUGGUGGACACAGUCUGGCAGCGCUACGACCCGGCGAUUUUCCGCGGGCACGUUGACCUGAGCGAGUUCUACGCGUGCCACUUGUUUCUGUGGACGUGGUUCCCCACCAGGCGGCCGAAGCUGCGCGUCUGCGACCACGCCCUCUAUAAUAGUACGUUCGGCGAUCUGAUGCGGAGAUUCUACGUCGAGAGCGUCUGCAGGGAAGCGUGA